GUUUUUUAGCUAGUCAAAAAUGAUGAUGUUCCACUUCAGGUCCGUGUUUCUGAACCCUGAUUUUUAUGGAAGUUCUGAGCGUCACAAUACUGGUCAGGUUCCUGUUUAUAUAUAUAGUUUCCAUACAUUGACCUUCUUUGUCUUCCAUUUCAGCCUGCGAAUGCACAAGAUGACCAACAUAGACCUGAGCAGGAUUCUUAAGAGAGAGAUCCAGGAAGCACUUCAGCAAGCUGGAUGAGCUGUACGGCACCUGGCGUAAACCCGCCUCCCUUAAAGUUGACUACAACCUGCCAAUGCACAAGAUGACCAACACAGACCUGAGCAGGAUUCUUAAGAGAGAGAUCCAGGAAGCACUUCAGCAAGCUGUGGUGUACGGCACCUGGCGUAAACCCGCCUCCCUUAAAGUUGACUACAACCUGCCAAUGCACAAGAUGACCAACACAGACCUGAGCAGGAUUCUUAACAGUGAGGAGAUCCAGAAAGCACUUUGUGCACCCAACAAGAAGAGCAACCGCAGAGUUCCGAAGAACUUGACUAUUAUGAUGAAGACGUCAUGCCAUCCACAAGCAUGACCCUGCGGUAAGAAGUGAAACUGUUCAAGAUCUGUAGAUCAAGGGUAAGAUGCUGAAACCCAAGAAGAGGCCUGGAAAGAAGAGGGCACCUGCAAAAGCUUCAGGCCUAAAUUCAUACUCAACAGACUGGAGUUCAGUGAUAAUAAAUGGUGAUUUCUAA